CGUAUACUGUUUGUUCCAUGUUCGUAUAGAGAUUGUGUAAUUUCGAAAAAUGGAUAACAUAUCCUGUCGUUAUCGUGGAUUACUGACUUUAACACUAACACAAAAGCAAAUUUCUUCAAAUUGUAUAAUUGAUGCAAUAUGACUUUAAAGUAAUUAAAUUCUGUUUUACAACCUUUACAAGAAUAUGAAGCAAAUAAUAUAGAAAAAAGUAUUUUUCAUCACCACAGAGAAGUGAUAUUCAGUUGUGUGCCCUAUAUACUACUGCAGAUAAGAUAGAAAUAAUGCGUAAUAUCGUUGUCUUUUCUAGCAUUAGAAUAUUAUAAAGUUAGAAUUAAUAUUUCGUUCGGUAAAACGACGUAAUAAUUACCAAUUUUGUUACAUACUUGGAUACAUGUUACUUAAAUUUGGGAAAUAAUAAACUCUAGUAAAGAAGAACAAACGCAAAUUAAAUCAAUCUAAGUCGAUUUUGUCAAAUAAUGAGCUUUGUUUUUGAAAUAAAAAUAGUGAGUGUUCUAUUAUGUUUAUUAAUAUUUUCUUGCAUCCACUUUUAUUUCAAUAAAGUAAUUUACUUCGAAUAGACGCGUUGUGAAAUACGCUUUAAUUUCAUUUAUUAAUACAUAUAUUUAUUAAUUUGUUUUAUUAACACUAUAAGUUGGUAUUGUAUAAUAAGUAAAAGUGAUAAUAAGAAGAGAAGUAGGGAAUUUAUAAAUUUCUUCUACGAUUUAAUUUGUUGGUUAUAACAUCUGGUGGAGCUGUAUAAGAAAUAAGAAAAUGUGUGUAGAACACAUAUCUGGAUGUUUUGUAUUCCUGUCGAAUAAAGAUGUUUAGUAAGAAUGGCGGUUAUGACAGAAGUUGGUUGUAGAAUUUGAUUCAAAGUGUUUAAAAUGGGAGUGAAAGAUCUUUGGAAUAUUCUGUCGCCUUUAUGCGAGAGAAGGCCACUGUUUGAACUUCAAGGUAAAACAGUUGCAAUUGAUCUGAGUUGUUGGGUUGUAGACAGUCAAACAGUCACAGAUAAUAUGAUACAACCGAAAAUGUAUCUCAGGAAUUUAUAUUUUCGAACAGCUUUCCUUCUUUUACAAGGAAUAUCACCUAUUUUUGUCUUGGAAGGGAAAGCACCCACUUUGAAACACAGUACCAUUGCAAAAAGGAAUGAUAUUCGUAGUGGAUUCAGGGAAAGGAAGACUGUACGAAAAGGAGGAAGAUCGCAGUUUAACAGAAUUCUUAAAGAGUGUAAAGAAAUGCUUGUGUAUAUGGGUUUAGCUUGCAUGCAAGGACAUGGAGAAGCUGAAGCAAUGUGUGCUUACCUAAAUGAAGAUGGGAUUGUUGACGGAUGUAUAAGUCAAGACAGCGACUGCUUUUUGUAUGGAGCAAAGGUAGUAUAUAGAAACUUUUGUACAAGUGCUCAAGGAAAUCGAGGUGGUUCUGGCGGUGCUGUGGAUGAAUAUAGCUUAGAAAAAAUAGAGAGAUUAUUAAAUUUGGGGAGAAAUAAAAUGAUAGCAUUAGCUUUAUUAUGUGGAUGCGAUUAUAGUGAUGGUUUAAGUGGAGUCGGUAAAGAAGCUGCUUUAAAGUUGUUUAAGAUUGUAGAGGAUGAAGAUAUCCUUGAAAGAAUAAAAAGUUGGAGAACAGAUAAUAGUUUAGAUCAAAAAGAUGUUGAGUUACAAAAUUCAAAUCUAUGUACAUCUUGUGGUCACAGUGGUAAAGUACAGAAACAUGCAAAGUUAGGUUGUGUAGAUUGCGGUACUAUUGUAAAGUGCAAUGAUUCUUACAGAGAGAAAAGAACAUUGAUAUUAAAUGAAAUUUCUCUACGGAAGAAAGCCCUUCUGUUAGAAGAUUUUCCUAAUCAGGAAUUGAUAGACGAGUUCUUGAUUAGGAAAGAUCCAGUACCUAAAAAAGUAGAUCUUCAAUGGAAACAACCAGAAAUGAAUAAACUGAUAGAUUUCAUGGAACGACAUUUAUCUUGGGAGCCACAGUAUGCAUUUGAAAAAAUUUUUCCACUAGUAACACGAUGGCAACUUUUACAUUUACCAAACAUUUCUCUUGAAAAUCGUUUAUCAGUACCCGAUUUAUUUGUACCUGAGGCAAUAAAAAAGAUUCGUAAUAUAAGGUCAAUUGCAAGUUAUGAAAUAAUUUGGCAAAAUGAACAUGAUAUCAUAGAAAAAUUAAAGGAGUGUAUGUCAUUGGACAAAGAACAUAAUGAUAGUAAUAUUGAUACUUUAUUUGAGUUAACUAGUAUUGAACCACAAGUUCUAGUAGUAAAAUGUUAUCCAGAAUUAGUGGAAAUGUUUGAAAAUGCAAGAAGCUUGAAAACAAAAAAGCGACCUACUAAAAAGAAGACAGAAAAUGUUAUAAAUGAGGAGAAUGUAGAAAAACGUAAAAGACGACCAAGAAAAUGUAAUAAAGAUCCAGUAAAUAUUGGCAAUAAUAGGAAGAUCCAUGAAUUUAUUUCAAAAAAACCCCCAUUGUUAUUGGAACAAUCUUUUGAAGAAAUGAGCAUUACACCAAAACGAUGUAAAAAGGGGGAAAGGCAACGAGAGACCCAAGGUAUUAAUAAUAAAAUAAAACGUGGUCCUCAGUUUGAUAAGGUGUUACAAUUAGAGAAAGUAAAUUCAAAACUGAAUACUACAUUAGAUACAAUGUUUAAUGAACUUUCACCAGAUGAUUUUGUUAGUGAUAACGAUGACUAUGACCUAAAUAUGACAGAAGUAAUUGAUACUAUAUGUAGUGAAAAAAGAGUUUUUCAGUUUAAUAGUGUACCUACGAAUGAAAUAAAUUUCAAUACGAACAGUACUGAAGACUAUAAUCAAUUUAAUACAGUCGCUAAUAUCGAGACAGAACCUAAGGAAUGUUAUAAAAGUAUUGUAACUUGUGAUGAAUCUGAUGAUGAAUUUGCUGGUAUUAGUGAAUCUUACGUGCCACUUAAUACGAAUAAUAUCAAAGACUAUAAUCAAUCUCAUACAGUCGCUAAUGUCAAAACAGAACAUAAAGAAUGUCAUAAGAGUAUUGUAAUUUGUGAUGAGUCUGAUGACGAAUUUGCUGGUAUAAGUGAAUCUUAUGUGCCACUUAAUCAAAGAUUAUUAACAUGUAAUAAUGUAGAUAAAAUUCGAGAAACUGUAACAGAAAUAAAUGACAGAUUUAGUUUUGGAGUUGAUAGUCUUAUGAAUGACACAAAUUUAGACAAUACACAAACUGCUGCGUAGGAUAUAAUGUACAAGUAAAAGAGAAAUUGUUAUGAAAUGAUUUCAGAUAUGAAAUUAUUCAAAAAAAUUCACACUACAUUUGUAACAGUAUUUUUCAGUGUCAUGUUACUUCUAUUUAAAUAAUGUUUAUUGUUACGUUCAUCAGAAAAAAUUUUAUAACUCAUUCAUAAGAAUUUUGUGCAGACAGUCUGUACAAUGCAAAACUUUUAUUGGGUGAAGAAGUAUUACAUUAUUGAUUAUGUUAUCAAUAUGUAGUUUAAUGUUACUAUAAAGUACUUUUUUAGUAAUAUCUCACUAGUAUUUUAUGUUGCACGAUUUUGUGGUAUUUUAUUUUUUUCUUAUUUUUGCCUAAUGAUAAACAAUAGCAAAAUAAAAUGUCAGUAAAAUGUGAUUUAAUUAAAAAUGCUUUAGAUUACAACAAUUAUUUGCGACUAUUUUAGAACACGGCAAAUGAUUCUUUAAGCAAUAUUGUACAUACUUUUAUUAUACAAGCAUCGAAGUAAAAUUUAAUAUUUUAUCGACGGACCUAUUAUAUUGAAAACAUAUUUUGGUAUAUAUGUAGUAUAUCGAUUACAUUAAUCGUGUGAUUCUUCUUCAUUAGAAAUGUCUGAAAUGAUUUGCAAUUUACUGAGCAUCUUAUUAUUCUGAUAAAUUAUUCAUUUUAUACUUUAUAUUGAUAUUCAUUAAUUGUAACUGAGAAAGGUAUUCGUUUUGAUGCAAUAUCGAGUUGUCCGUUGUCAAGGUGUUAGUAUUCUCAAAAUAAUUUUUAUAAAUAUAUUAUCUUUGUAUAAAAUAUGUACAUAGUUUUAAAGAAAUACUUUACUUUAAUUAUUUUUAUACUAUGAAUGUUGUAUUAUAACUUUUUUUAAAAGAAAUGAACUUCUUUUAAAGAAGUGACAAUAUGUAACGUAAAGAUAAAAGUAGAGCGAAGAAUUAUACAAUUAUGUGAUUACGAUAUCAUUUUCUCAUGUCAUUAAAAGAGGUAUUGUGAAGGUAAUAUCAGUGUGUUAGUGGUUUUUAUUUAUAAUCGCAUGAUUAUCCAAAAGUAAAAUGAAAUUUUAUUUCAUUUAGAUCUUAAUACAAAAUUCCUUAAUAGAGGAAUCACUUUCUUUGUAAAUGCUUAUAAGAAUCUAUAUUCGUAUUAACAAUUUAGUUUUACUAAUUGGUCGAAAUUUAUUAUAUGUAGUUACAUAUUUUUUAUUUUGUGGAUUCAUUUUUAUAUUCCUCUUAUUAUGUGCAAAACUUAUUAACGAUAAGUGCGUAAUAAUAUCACAAAGAUUAUUAAAUAUUUUGUCGUAUUGGUCAAUAGUCUGUUAAUACUUGUUUCUGUAAUAAUAAUUAUUUAUUGCAAUACAUUGCCGAAAUGACUAUGGUGAUAUUUUAAUGCUAUCAAUGAGAUAUCUGCAUAUUCAUAUAUUUAACAGAUUAUAAGAAUACUUUUAUUUUAUAAAAAUAAUAAUUUUACAAAGAUACUAAUACAUGUUACUUAA